GAAGCGGGCUACUUCAAGUGUAGUUCGAGAGCUGCACGAUAGGCAGACAAGUUGCCUUGUGCCUGCUUUCAUCUUUCCCGGCAAAGCGACGGAUCGGUCCUUUGAAAGAUGCCGUGGAGUAGCUCGUAGACGGGGUGACGAGAGCCGGUUGUCUGAAAUUCAAAGUCAGAGAGCCAAGGUGGUUUUUCCUUUUGGGCGUAAGAAGAUUCGCGUGCUAGAUGGUUGUUACAGUGAAUACGUUAUUCUUCGCUGGUAUAUUCCGAGAGUGGUACUGCUUGGAGCGCGUUGGUUUGCAUGCUUGGGUUUGAAUGAUGUAUAGAAGGAUGCAACCACGGGUGACAGUGGCUCUGGCCACGAUCUGGCUGACGCUGGCGGUUCUGGUAGGAGGAGCAGUCACCCUCCACCUCUCCCACGAUCAAUACUCCCCCGCGUCUCCGCGCCGCUACGCUGGGAUUCAACGGGACCAGACUAAAGACUGGAGGGAUCACGAUCUGGCCGAGGAUCAACCGGUCGACAUUAGGAUCGACUCGCAAAGGUCGAUCUCCGCUGAGGAAUCAGAAGCUCUAUCUAAUGAUGCUGAGUUUACCAAGCGAAUUUUUCCGUUUAACAGCAUUCUGAAGGACAAUAUCUCGUCAAAGCGAGUCUAUCCCUUUUCAGUUUGGCAGAGGUGGUUGCUGAAUAUCGCUGACGCGGAAUUCGCGGCUGACAAAGUCGAUUACGGCUACGAGAUGCCGGAAACGCUUUCGCGUGAGGCGGUAGUGCCUCCUUCAGAUCUUUUGGACGAUCCCUUUGUGGCGGACGACACGUUCCAGGAUCAAGGCCCGGGGUCGAUGGAAAUAUACAAGCUAGACCUGUCCAAAGAGAAGGCUCUACUGACCGCAACCACGCCCUCCACAAAUUUACCGUCAAGGAAUAAAAGCAAAGCUCCGAAAAAGACAGACCACCUGAAUUCAAAGAUAAAGACAAUGGAGAUUAAGUCGACAACGACAAGUGCGAACAUUAAUCAUAGGCAAUCGAACUUUUUCGAAGAACAACGAACUGAGACUCCUUCGGUCAACAGAGACGCCUUUGGUGUCGGCGGCGUGCCAGAGCUACAGGUUGGAUGCGAGGGUCUCGAAGCGUCGCCGUCGUCCCACAAGGCAAAAAGAUCGAUAGAUACGCCCGACAAGAAGGGCGAGGUGCCGCCGUUCGUAUUGCUAGACACGUUCGUGACGCCGAUAUCACUAGAGCUCGACGAUGUUCUAUCAUACGAAGAAUACGAAGAGAUGGAUGAGUUGCUAAAACUUAAGAAAUUAGAGACUACCACAAAACAAGAUAAGCCGAAGAGGGGCGAUAUGGAUGCCACGUAUCUUAAUUCAGAGCACUUGGACGAGUUCAGGCGACCGGAGAAAUUACCAAUACGAGGAGAUUUGGGUAAGUCCACUUUAAUGAAUUCUAGCGAAUUCAAACCUGACCAGGAGGAGUCGCACAAGAAGCCUCUGGUAGAUUUUAAAAUAAAAAAUGAGGAGACUAAAGCAAAACGAGAAACCGUUGCAUCGGAUGAUGCUGAUGAUGGUACCAUCAUCAGAAGUCGACGAUUGCUGUGGCUUCCCGAGGCAAAUACCAAGGAAUUUGCGGAUGGCAAAAGUGAGCAGAAGCGCACAAAGCGAUUGAUCGAAUGGGGCUUUGGUGAGGAUGAAGGUGUCGUGUCCAGCGACGAAUUGCAGACCGUGAAUGAACGUCGCAGGCAGCACGAGAUGCGAUACCAUCAAAAUACAUCUAGGAGACAUGACCAAAAUCAUAAAUUAAAUACUGAUACCGAUAGUAUCAGACGAGAAUACGAGGAACUACUACUUGAACAAAAACGAAGAGAAGAAGAGGAACGACUGCGACGAAUGCAACAGGCUAAUCGAAGAACGCCAAACAGAUGGGAGGAGGAAGAGGAAAGGAGAAGAGAUGAGAUGCGGAGAAGACAAUAUGAGGAGUAUCGUAGGAGAAUAGAUCACAUUUCAACACCUCAUAGCGUAGAUGUUGAAGAGAUGCGACGACGACAGAUGGAAGAACGACGAAGGCAGGAAGCGGCGCGUAAUCAAACGCAGGAAAUGACCAGAAGAAACGAGGAUGAAUGGAGAAGACGAGAACAAGAAGGACGAAGACGACAAGAAGAAGAAAUAAGAAGAGGAUCGCAGAGCAAGUGGCAGGAAGAAAACUCGAGGAGAUCAGGCUUUAGAACAUCUAUAUACGACGAAGACAAAAAACGAAGACUUUACGGCGAAGAAAUAAAGAGACAGGAAGAAGAACGACAAAAAAGGUUAAAAGAAGAAGAAAUAAGGAGAUGGGAACAAAACAGAUUACAACAAGAAAUGCAAAGAAGAAAGGAAGAGGAGGAACGACGACAAGAAGAUUCAAUGAGAAAUAUUUCAGAAGAUGAAAGAAGAAGAUUAGAAGAUCAUCGUAGACAAUGGUUAGAGAAGAGGAGACAAGAGAAAGAAGACGAAAGAAGGCGACAGGAGCCGCCAUCGAAUUUAAUGUAUACGAGACAUCCAGUCAGUUAUCCGAACGAUAUCAGACAAUAUGAUCGAGAUGAAGAAAGACGACAUCAAGAAGAGAAAAGACAGCGGGAACAGAAGCUGCGGGAAUAUAUCGCGCGGAAUCAACCCAUCAAUGUCAGUCAUGCUGAUCGAAAAUCGGAAGAAGAAAGACGACGCUAUCGACCCGAGGAGAACCGAGAUCCGCGGAUAAAUGCGAAUAGAAAUGAUGAAGAGUACCGCCGACGAGUGGAGGAGCAACGUAAGAGACAGGAAGAAGAGAGAAAAUUACAGGACUACAUUAGAAGGAAUCAGCCAGUGAAUGUACCAUCAAGGAACAAUCAAUCGACUAUGGCCGGUCGUAACUGGUUCGAGGAACGGAGACUAAUCGAGGAAGCUAGGCGUCGUGACAAAUAUCCUGAUCCAGGAACGAGGAGACACCACGGGCCAUGGGCGCCUACGUAUAUCGAUCCGCGAAGCUCGCUAGAGGAAGUCAGACGAAGACAGCAGGAGACGGCGAGAAGGUUGGAAGAGGAGAGGCGGCAGAGGUACGAAGCGGAAGAGCGACGGAAGGAACUCGCUAGGCAACAGAGGGAGGAGGAAGAGAGACGGUUACGAGAGGAACGGAUACGAAAGGAGGCGGCUAAGCGGGAGGAGGAAGCGAGGAGGGAGCAAUCCAGGAGGUACGAGGAGGAUAGGAAACGGCUGGAGGCAGCGAAGUUACAAGCUGAGAAAAGGAGGCAGGAGAUGCUAAGGGAACGAUCCAGGAACGAAAUUGGAAGAACAAGACAGCCGGAAGCUACGAGGCCGAUCUACUAUCAGGAUCCUCGUCUUUUGGCGGAGUACAGAAGGCGGCAAGAUAGCCAACCGAAUAUUUUGUCGCAAGCCGAGACUCGGCGAAUAGCAGAAGAACGCAAAAGGCAAAGAUUGGAGUCCGAGAAACGAUGGCAGGUAGAAAACAGAAUGAGGGAGGACGUACACAAGGAGACUGAUCAGUGGAGACGACAGGAACUAACCAGACUAAACUCUCUGCCAGUGAGCGCAAGAAUAAUAGUCCGUCCUGAUUCCUCACCGACGUCGCGCGUCUCACCGCCAGUGUUAUCGAGGGGCGGCUUCGACAACGAGAUCGAUUUCACGGGAAUCAAUCCGCAUCGCGAGGGCAUACAAGUGGCACAAUUUCCCGCCCCUGCGACUCCAAGACCGCCCGUCCAGUCUCCUAGCCCAUGUGUUUGGGCAGUUGUUCAUUGUUGUUCGUCCAAUAACAACCGUCUCGUAAAGUGUUUCGAAUCGUUGGGCUGUCCUGGGAUUAAUUGGGAUCCUGAUCCGUGCAGAGGUCCUGUUGCGGACGCUGCUCGAGCAGAAGUCAUGAAGUUCUAUGCCAGUGCAUAAAACUAAAUAACAUCACAGAAUUCGCUUUUCAUCCUCCUUCGAGAGACGAAUACCAAUCAGAGAAAAAAAAA